UUGGUUAAUAUAAUAAAUGCUCAAAUAUCAUAAACAAUUCCAGGCAAGCCACAUUAGCCAUUACGAUCUAUAAUCAUGCACUCUCCAAUUGUCUAAUUACGCCAUUGGUGAUUUAAAAAGCUGGAUUAUGAGAAGUAGACAUUGAUAGCAAAGCCUGAUGCUCGCAUUCCUAAAACUCUAUUUCUCUUAAUUGCCUAACUUCAAUUGUAUUCAUAGAUUUCCCAACAAUAGGAACAAAGAAAGAAGUCAGAAAAGUUCUGAGAGAUCUAGUGAAAUUCUGCAAAGAUCUAUUUAAGCCAAUGUGGAAUUUGAGGAAAGUCUUAUUUUGUGAACUCGAAUUCAGACAAAAGCAAAUGAAUUCUUUUGCUGACCAAGACCAAUUUGGAGUCUCCUAUGGGCACCAUAUUAAUGAAAUCUACCAAAUUUGGUGUGUCUUGACCCAGAUGAUGCAAGACUUUAAGAGUCAGGCAACUGCAAAAGCAGAACAUGUAAAAGCCUAUCUUUUUGAAAAAGAUUACAUGACUGACAAUGUAUUCUUGUAUAUUGAGAAAAUAGUGAAGAUGUAUACCAGAAUUCCUUGCUUGUCCUCUAUCUCAAGAUACUUUGGUCCUCUACCAUUCCAGCCUCAACUAUGGGAUGAUACAUUUCAUCAUGUUCUUUUGUAGGUACCAAGAAUUCCAGCUUCACUGAAGAUUAAGCUU